GGCCUAUACAAUCAAAAAAGCGUCCCCACAUCCCCAACGAACAAUCCUUAAUCCAAAGACUAGCGUAACAGAAUGUUUCCAAACUCUCGUAAUUUAGACACUGGAAGAAGGGCAAUCAUGUAAUUUCAUUGACACUAAAAGCUGCCAACAGUAACACUAACCUCCUUCUCUCUCUCUCUCUCUCUCUCUCUCUCGCUGUCCCUAUUCAAUUCAAAUAACAAUGGUAGAAUCGGAGAAAAUGGCGGCAUUGAAAAAAGCGUAUGCAGAGAUGAUAUUAAACACGGCGAAGGAAGCAGCGACCAGAGUAAUGGCGUCAGAGAAGAUAGCGAUUAGGUGUAAACACGAACUCUUUGCUACUAAAGACGAAGCGCUUCGUCUGCUUGUCCGUUUAAAGCAAAUGAUCGAUGCUAAGAUAAUUGAAGCGGAGAUAGCAUCAUCAAGCCAACAAACUAAGAUUGAUGAGCUUGAAGCACAACUUCAAGAAGCAGAGGGUGUCAUAAUAGAUCUAAGAGAAGAGUUGAACCGGGUACGUGAUAAGUUGGAAAAAGUAAGGAGCAACAAAGUCCAGCCUUUCAAUGGAAAAAUCAAAAUGGAUGAUGAGCUUUUUGAUAACAAGUAUUGUGAUAGACAACACAAUGAGAAAUUGAGUGUUCCUCAAUUGGAAAAUCAUACUUCUCAGAAUGCCGAAUUAGCCUCCAUAAUCAUAAGAAAUAAGGAACCGGAGCUUUACAGAAAUGGAUUUACUCAGAGAAUUCGUGCAUUGGAAGGUAACAUACUGGCUGGGAAAUUACCUCCUUCUGGAGAACUUGAUGAAUAUUCCAUUAGAAAGAGGGAAUUAAUUAUUAAAGAAAGUAAUAAGAAUGAUGUGAAUCUUACUCUUCCAUCUCUGGAGACCAAGAACUUAGAAACAGUGAAGAGUGGCUCCGGAGAACAAAUCAGAAAGCAUGUUAAGGUUCACACUUUACGACGAAGAAGGGCUCGUUUUGGGAAACCCAAAGCUGAGCGCAAGUCUAGUCCUCAUCAGCUUAUGAAGUCUUAUCAACCACUUUCUUUUCUUUCUCGCUGCAAAAGAUACUUCCUAAGCAGGGAUCCUAAGCGUGAUGAUCAUUCAUGUGUCCUUCCCUCUAUCAAGACUGACAAUGUUGAUGUGAAUAAAAGUUGGAAUGAAUUGGAAGAGAAAUUGCAUUGUCAAAGCUUCUGCUUUAUGGAUGAGAAGAACAUCGGUAGUGAAGGGAAAAGACAAAGGAAACUGCAAAGUUGGGAUGCCACUUCUACAUCCUUAACAUCCUGUCCUGAGCAGCAUGAAACUUUCCAACCCUGUUCUACUCUAUGCUGCUGCAAAACUUGUUCACUUUCACUCUAUGAUAAUUUAGAACAUGGUGAAGAUAGAUCAAAGAUGACUGACAAUGAAGUUAAGUUGAAGCCCUUGCCCCGUCUGGAUCCAGGGUUAACACUAAUUAAAAGUGGCGUCGAUCCAGUAUCUGGCUUUACAGAUGUCACAGUGAGUGUUAAGGCAUUAAAUAAAUCUGGUCUUGCCCAAAAUACUUCAAACAAGGACAUGGAACUAGUGGAUGUUUUGGUAAAACAGAAAUGUGAGACUACUGUAAAUUCAAGCUUUUCAUGUUGUGAAUCUAAUAGUGAGAUGGUCAAUGUGCCACUGUUACAUUCUGAUUCAGCAGAUCUCAAAGUAUCCAAAGAUGCUACAGUUGAUGUAUCAGUGAUGAGUUCUGAUUCAAAAGAUGCCCAAGCAUCUGGGAAAUUUAAGGUGUCUCCAAGCCAAGUCAACAACAAUGGGAUUCUUAAAUACACCUUUCAAAGGAAGCGCAAGAAGGAAGCCUUGAACAGCUCUGAUCAGAACAGCUCUAUUAAGAGGAGCGACGUCAAAAGGAGAGCUGGGGAGAGGCAAAACGAUUUAUCAGAUCCACAGACAUCUAGCUUUAUAAAUGAGUCAUCUAGGGACAGUCGGCAACUGGCUCAGGUUGCUCGUCAGCUUAUUUCUUUAUCUGGAAAAGGAUGUCUGUAAUGAUGGCAACUGUUCCUCCAGUCCCACAAGAAGAAAGUUGGACGCAGACACCCUAUUUAAACUCGAUUCACCUUUUAUUUGGUAUUACCUGCAGAAAUCACCCCUUCUUUUUUCUUCUUUUUUCUUCUUUUUCUCUGAGGUAACCUGAUAAAACGGCCACUUGCAUAGUACGAGAGAUAUAGAUUGUAGAGGUUACCCAUUAGUAAUUACAGUAUAUCCAAAAAUCAGUUUUCACCAUAUGUCUUCCUGUUGUGAAACUUAACCCCAUUUGCUCAUCCUGUCAAAAUUUUCUUAUUACUUGGGAAAUUUAUAGAAUAUUCAGAGGCUUCCA